GGAAAUGCAUCCAUUUCUAGUCUGAGGGGCAGUCUUUUCAGCGUUGUUUCCACAGUCCUCACAGUUUUCACUAUCCAAGUAUAGACAUCUGACCCCUCCAUCUCCCACACUUACAGCGUCGUCUACUUCACCCCCAAAACAAACCACUGCAAUCACUCAAACAGACAGAAACAUGCCCCGCCCCUCAGAACGCCUAUCGGCGCAUCUCCCGCCGCUGGUCAUGGGCACCGCGACCUUCAACAACCAAUACAACCACGAUCCCUUCGCCCUCCCCACCACCGAACUCGUGCACCGGGCCUUCUCCAGCGGGAUCCGGGCCUUCGACACCUCCCCCUACUACGGCCCGGCCGAGGAACUCCUCGGACGCGCCCUCGCCACCGACUUCAUCCGCACCCACCACCCCCGCGAGACCUACUACCUCCUCACCAAGGUCGGUCGCCUCGCGUCUUCUUCCUUCGACUACUCCCCGCAAUGGGUCCGCCACAGCGUCCGCCGCAGUCUCCGUCGUCUGCACACCGAAUACCUCGACGUCGUAUACUGCCACGACGUGGAGUUCGUGUCCCGCCAGGAAGCCCUCGAUGCGGUCCGCGAACUGCGUCGUAUUCGGGAUACCGAGGGGACGAUCCGCUACGUCGGGAUCUCCGGGUAUCCUGUCGACGUGCUGAGUGAGAUUGCGGAGUUGGUGCUCCGGGAAACGGGCGAGCCGCUGGAUAUCGUCCAGUCGUAUGCCAAUUUCACGUUGCAGAAUACGAGGCUGUUGUCGCGGGGGCUGCCGCGUUUGCUGGCGGCGGGGGUGGAUGUCGUGCCGAAUGCGUCUCCGUUGGGAAUGGGGUUGUUGCGUCGUGAUGGUGUGCCGAUUGGGAGUAUGGGUGAUUUUCAUCCCGCGCCGGAUGGACUGCGGAAUGCGAUCCGGGAGGUUUCGAAGUGGGUGGAGGAGCAGGGGGAGAAGUUGGAGGUGGUGGCUAUUCGGUUUGCCAUGGAGAGUUGGCUGCGGGAUGGGGCGAGGGUUGGGGCGCUGGGACCGCCGCUUGCGCGUGCGGUGGACGCCGCGGACUCGGAGCCCAUCUCUGUCGCGAAUACGGGUACUGGAGAAAGGCUCGGGGUGAGUGUCAUGGGCGUGAGCAAUUUCGGGGAGUUGGAUGAGACGCUGCGAGUCUGGCGCAGUAUCGUGGAUGGGUUGGAGAGUCGGGAUGAGUCGAAGCAGGCAUCGCUGCAGCCCUCCGCGGCGCAGGGGCCUGGUCUUUUGACCCCGUCAGAGGGGAUCAUUACUGAUCAGGCUUGGUCGAAAGACCGACGUACUCGGAUCUUGUCUCUGGCGCAGCAUAUCCAGACGAUUCUGGGCCCCGAGUGGACCGACUAUGUCUGGGAUAGUCCGGGGCCGGACUUUGUGAAUGUGUUGCCGGCUGAUCAUCUCGCGGCACUGGAGAGAGAUGCUCCGCAGGUUGCUGCUGCUGAUGAGUCCAUGGUUACUCCGCCUUUGGAUGGUUGAUAGAAAGAUACCCGCUGAUGCUGCGUAAUGUCAUUUUCUGUGGUUGAGUUAUGUGAAAUACGCAGACUGUCAUGAUAGUGACAGUGUUAACAUCCUAUUGCUUUGGACUUCAUCCCGCUUUGUAUAGAGUGGUUACAAUGCCAGUUGAUCCUAGCAACACAUGCAUCUAGAAUAGUCCU